CGAAGAGGAAUAAAAAAAUGGACGAAACUACUAUUGACUCGAUCUUCGCGGGAUCUUUAAAAUCCUUGCCGGCUGUUAGCUCGAAAAUCGUCAGAAUAUUUACGAGCUCCACUUUCACUGAUACGACGAUGGAAAGGAACACGUUGAUGGCACAGUGUUAUCCAAAGCUAAAGGAUUAUUGCAGAGAAAAGCACGGAUUGGAGUUUCAGGUGGUUGAUAUGAGAUGGGGUGUACGAGACGAAGCCACUGACGAUCACAUGACCACGGAACUCUGCAUGAGGGAGAUAGAAAAUUGUCAGAGGCUCUCAAUGGGUCCAAACUUCGUGGUAUUCCUUGGACAGAAAUAUGGUUAUCGUCCUAUUCCAACGUAUGUUCUCAGUUCAGAAUUAGAAAUGUUAAGGACGGAACUGGAAGGUCAAGGAAUGGACGUCAGUCUUCUGGAUAAAUGGUACAAAAAGGACAGCAACGCGGUUCCUCCAACGAGUAUACUGCAACCAAUAUCCUCGAUCUUGAAAAAUUUUAACAAUAAAAGAAUACCAAAGCUGCAGCAAGAGGAUCAGGCCAUUUGGUGGGACACUAUGGUAAAAAUGCAAAAGCUAUUUCGAAAAGGGGCGCAAUCUUUGUACAACUCUGGAAAAUUUGACAAAGACACCAUGCACAAUUAUUUUAUGUCAGUGACCGAGAGGGAAGUGAUCAAUGGUAUCUUGAACGUGAAAAAUACGAAAAAUCAUUGCCUGGCGUACAUACGAUAUAUAAACAACAUUAAUCUUCAAAACUUGAGGAAAGCCAGUUUGUUCUUGGAUAUCGUUAACAGAGGUUUGGACAACGAGGCUUCCAAAUUGUUGGCAAAUUUGAGGGACGAAAGACUUCCGCAAAAGAUCGAGACCAUAAAUUUGCAAAGGUACACGGUAGAAUGGAUUGGACGAGAAGGUCUCGAUCCAGAAACCCACAGCGAGUAUCUCCAGCAUUUCAUAACGCAUUUCUACAGAAAUAUAAUAAAAUUGGUGGAUCGUGCUAUGAGAAAAGAGGAUAGCUCCGCGCAAGGACAAAUCAUAACAGAAAUUUUGCAACAUUUGCACGCGUGUAACAAUUCGGUGAAGGUUUUUUAUGGCCGAGAAGACACUUUGGAGAAAAUUAAAGAGCACAUGUUGGGGGACAGUGAUAAACCUUUGGUGCUCUACGGAGAAGGUGGAUGCGGAAAAACAUCUUUAUUAGCAAAGAGUGCAGGAUUGACGAGUAGCGCGUGGCUUAUUGGGAAAAAGCCAAUCAACAUAAUUCGAUUUCUUGGCACGACACCGGACAGCAGUGCAUUGACACCAACGUUAAUUUCUAUUUGUCAACAAAUCUCCUACAAUUUCAUGUUACCCUUCGAUGAAAUUCCUGACGACUUGGUACCGUUAACCGCUUACUUUAAGCAUCUAUUGACCCUAGCUACAACCGAGCAACCGAUUUUAUUAUUCCUUGACAGUGUCGAUCAAUUAACCGGAGUUCAAGGGAACAAAUUGUCUUGGUUACCUACUAGACUUCCUUCGAAUUGCAAGAUGAUCCUUUCUUGUGUUGCCGAGGAAUCGAACCCCGUCAUCUCCCGAGAUUAUCAAUUAUUACGAAGAAUGAUAGACGUAGAGGAAAACUUCAUCGAGGUCGUCGCUCUUGGCGAAGAUCUUGCCAUGGAGGUGAUAAGGAUGUGGAUGAAGACGGCUCACAGAGAUCUAAACAAUUAUCAAUGGCGUCUCGUAGCGAACGCCAUAACCAAGUGCUCCUUACCGAUCUUCGUGAAAUUGGUGUUUGCAGAAAUAUGCAGAUGGAGAAGCUAUACCAAACCGGCAGAUACGCACUUAACGUGCACCGUGAUGGACAGUAUCAUGAUGCUCUUCGAAAGAAUAGAGAAGCAGCAUGGAAAAAUUCUCGUGUUCCACGCAUUGGCUUACAUCACUGCCGCCAAGUCGGGUUUGUCCGAGUCAGAGCUCGAAGAUCUGAUUUCGUUGGACGAUAAAGUGUUGGACGACGUGUAUCAAUACCAUUUACCCCCGGUAAGAAGGAUACCGCCCCUGCUCUGGACCAGGAUACGUAACGAUUUGCCUAAUUAUUUGAGCGAAAGGGAAGCCGACGGUGUCAGUGUUCUCAAUUGGUAUCAUAGACAAUUUAGGGACACGGCCAAGGAAAGAUACUUCAAAAAUAUGAACAUGGCCAUGUAUUUCCACUCUAUGAUCGCCGAUUAUUAUCUCGGCAUUUGGGGGGGCGGUCGACCGAAACCGUUUAAAUAUACCGAAAUUCAGAGACACAGAUUCAAUUUGACGGAUAAGGAAGGAGUGGCAGACAGAAAAGUACCUGAACAACCUUUAGCAUUUUAUUCGAAGGAAGGAACAAUUAGUAGAUACAAUUUAAGAAAGUUCGGCGAAUUACCCUUUCACUUGGUCAGAUCGCGACGUUUCGACGAUUUGUUCGAAAAUGUUUUGUUCAAUUACGAAUGGCUUCAUGCAAAACUGAGUUCUUGUCCGUUACAAGCUGUACUUUCGGAUUUCGAGGACGCGUAUAAUUUCAUCGAUAAUCAAAACAUCGUUAGAGAGUUGAUGCUAGUUGCUGAUGCGCUUAGAUUAGGGGGUGCAAUUUUAGGAUCACAUCCAGAUAUGCUGGCACCACAACUAAUAGGUCGAUUAUUGCCAGAAAUAGGUGGGAACGUGAACGUGAAAAUGCUGCUACGAGCGUGCGAUAACGACGGUGCAAAGAAUUGCGCCCUUCUUCCGGUUUAUCACUGUCUACACACUCCUGGAGGGCCGUUGAAAUAUUCUUUGGAGGGCCAUCAAUUCGCUGUAUUUGGAUUUUGUCUAACGUCGGAUUAUCGAUACGUCGUUUCCAUAUCAAACCGAUUCAUCACCUGGGAUCUGAGCACCAGCGACAUGACCAGAGAUGUAAAUCCCGGUAUUGAAGGAAUUAUGCAACAUUUAGUUUUGAGCCCUGACAAUAGAUACGCCGCUGCGUUUACGACUAAUAAUCAAAGCGUCGUAUUGAAUACACUGACGAGCGAGUUUGUAAUUAUCGAUAAUCCAUUUCCAAAUAAAGAUCCAGUGUGCGGAAUACAUCUGAUGAAUCAAUUCUUUUUCGUCUACGGUAAAUUAGGCUGGUACAGGUUCGAUUUGAGAGGAAACUUGUUGGAUAUGCACACGAAUCCAGAAGAUUCCAACAAGUGGCCAAUUUUGUCUGUGGAACACACGAAUUUGGAUGAAUAUAGAAUAGUGUUUUGGUCUGGAAACAUAGAAGAUACCAAUAUGCUUUUGCAUACUUAUAGGAAGAAGAGAUCAUUGGAUCCAUUGUAUUUUCAUAGCGUGAUGGUUAUGACCAAUAAUAAACAAGUUUUAUACGCCUGUACGAGUAAGGACGAUUAUCGAGUCACGAAAUACACAAGCGACGAAACAUCGUCCCAAUGGGAGAAAGUUUUCGAUAUGCCAAGAGCUUUCAACGAUAACGUCGAAUACUUGUUGCAAUUGAAAUUGGACAGGGAAGAGGAGAUGCUUUUAGCCACAUCUGCCAAUGGUUUUAUCGUGUGGUUUUUAGAAGAUAAAAGCGAUGCACACGUCUUAAUGUUGCCGAAUGGAGUUCGAAACAUUAGCACGAAAAUGAUGUAUUCCAAUUCGAUAAUGAUCAGUGGCACCAAAAAUUAUGCCGUUGCUGGUGUAAGGAAAAAUUUAUAUGUUUGGAAUCUCGAGACAAGCGAGUUGGUGAAAAUAUUGGAUGCCCAUUUCGCGAGAAUUAUUCAGUUAGAAGCAUUGACUGUUGGAAAUUGGAACAGCGUGGUAACAUCGAGUAUCGACAGAAGCGUAAAAGUAUGGAAUAUAAACAAUAUUUUUGAGCAGGUUCACAUAAUAGACAGACACGAGUUACAAAUCGAUAUGAUAAGCUUGGCGGAAGAAUGUAAUAUAGCAGCCAUAGUGACGAGAGAUUGUGUAGGAAUUUGGGAUUUGCAGACGGGAAGAUUGAUCUCGAAACUGGCGGAUAGUCCUUUAGGGGCGAUUGUUACUCACGCUUGUAUAACUCACGAUGGAAAGUAUAUUGUUUCCAUAGAAUCGGGUAAUGUAUUAAUAUGGAAUAGAAUUACGGAACAAGUGUUGUUCAAAGAGGAACAACAACACGUGAGACAAUUAACGUUAUUUGAAAAUUCAUCUAAAUUUAUAACCGUUUCAAGACCGAAAAAUCCUUCUGGAGUUGAAAGUAUGAAAACCACCGCGACUCUUUUUAUGAGAACUAUUCCCGAUGGAAAAACAAUAUUUACGUUGGAAUACUUGGUCAGAAGUCAUACAAGUACAUCAUUUCGAAAUGUUGUGAUGACUUCUGACAAUUCUUUUUUGAUUGCUCCUGCUGCUGAUAAGGGUAACAGAGAUUGUGUUAUUAUUUACAAUGCGAAUACAGGAGCAUUGAUAAAUAAAAUACCAAUAAGAUUACCGGGAUUUAAAGAUAUUUUAUGUAUCACUCCUAUGCCAAAUAAAUCAUAUUGGAUAGGAAUUAUUGGAUCUGAUAAAGGUAUUAUUUUGGAUAUAAAUAAAAAGAAAAUUAUCCGUACAAUUCUUAAAUGGAGCGGGAAUAUUAGCAAAGAUGGGAAAUAUACUUUAUAUGCACCCAGCAGAGGUGGCUUAGAGCUUUUGGAAUUGAAAAAAGGUACCACUAUCAAGACUUAUAUUCCUAAGAUUGCAGAAGGUGUAUUUACUGUAAUAUCCAUGUUUAACCGCACGGAUGAAUAUGUUCUUUAUUAUCACAGUGGAAGAAAAACUAUACGUGUAUUUAGAUCAUCAGAUUGUGAAAUGAUAGCAAAUUAUAGAGUUCAAACAGAAUUGAGUGCUAUCGAUAGCACAUAUGAUGGUAAAAGUAUAGUUCUUGGAACAGUGGAUGGUUGUGUUUCUGUUUUAGUCAUAGCAGAUCCUAAAAAAGAAAAUAUGAAAGAAUAUGUUGCAAACUUACCAUCUCGUGAUGAGGAUUGGAAAAAGAAAACUGAAAAGCAACGAAUGACUAUUAAGUUUAAAGCUGCUGCUCGAAUUGCACGUGUAACACACGACUUAAAUACAAUUAUACGAAAUACAAACAUUGUAGAAACAAUUCAAGAAUUAGACGAAAAUAUAGAAUAA